AUGACGGUGGCCAGCUUUUCAACGGCACACUACCUGUACAGACACAUAAGAAGUGUGGCACAGAGUGACUGCUGCUUCUCCAAUCCGAGGAUUCAAAGUCAGAUAAGAGUCACCAUCACUGGAAUCUCUCAAGGAGUGCUCUUCUUCCUCUAUGCCACUUUCUAUCUCUUCUCUUCAGUCUCCCACCUCUUCUCCUUGCCUUUUUUCCUGGGUGGUUGGUCCAGCUGCACAAUCUCCUCACUGUACAUUUUAGGCACCACAGUCAACUUGGGCAUUGCUUUUGUGAUGGUCUUUUCCAUGCUACAAGCUGAAAAACAACAGGUCACUCAAGUCUCAUAUGUGGUGACGCUCUGCAGUCUGAGCACUAGUAUGAAAUCCUCCGUUUGGCUGAACUUCUUCUACUACAAUCAGAUUGUACCUGCACAGAGAGCUCUCUUCGUCUGGAUUAAGAAGAAUAUCAAAUCCAUCAUCUACUGCAUUUGGUUCGUUGAGAGAAUUUACAGUGUGUUUGAUUUAACUGCAAUGAUUUUACACACUACUCCCUCUGAUGGAUUUGGACUCAGUGACAAUGUCACAGCGGAUCAUGACGUGUCUACGAGAGCUUUCUCAAAAUGGCUGUUAGAUAUGCAUAUCAUUGUUGUUUCUGUACUGAGGUCCCACUUCAUUCUCUGUCUGUGCGUUAUGGUGUUUUCCAGUGGUUCUACUGUAGUCUACCUGUUCAAGCACAUGCGUCGUAUGGUAGCAAAUGGACAGUCUCUCUCAGGUCCUCGGUUCAGCGGUCAGGUGAGGGUCACUGUCACUGGCAUCCUGCAAGGAGUUCUGUACGUGUUUUCUUCUUUGUGGAUUAUGUCCUUGCUUUAUUCUCUGACUAGUUUCAUUGAUCCAUAUACUCAUUUCACUGUCAUUAACAUGUACAUGUCAGGCACAACAUUCAACCUGGGAGCUGGUCAGGCUGUAUUCAGACAGAGAGCAGCAGACAUCUGGCUCAGAGCAGAUCGCUGCUGCAAAGCACCUCCAGUACAACAGUCUGAGCAAAGAGGAUGA